AUGGCUAGCGAGCCGCUCACCUCGUCAUGGAAUCCGGCCUUGAUGCCAAACAGCAUCCAUGAUAUCGGAGCACCCCACGACGAACACAUAAUACCAUCAGCAUCUGCAGAGCCCUUACCCGAGGCCUCAGAUUAUAGUCCGGCACAUGAAGAAGAGCAAAGCAGCGUUGAUCAUCAUCACGAGGACGAGCAUGGCGCGGAAGACCAGUCUUUUCCCAGUGGUGGCGGCGUCGAGGAAAGUGCUGAGCUGGCCUCAGAGACGCAUCCCGUAACGACUGAGGAACCCACGGAGCCACCGGCACCUGUAGCGGAGAGCCAGGAAGAAGAUUCGACUGAGCCGGCGACCCGUACUGUGCAACAUUCGAGCUCCAUGUCCUUUGCUCGCACCGUUUCGACCGAAAUCAGUUUCGGCGAUGACGACGAUACUGAGUGGACUCUGUCGAGGACCGAUACAGAUCCCUUCAAGUUUAUGCCCCCGUCCGAGAGGUCAAAUUCGUUUCCUGUCGUACCACUCAUGGCAGAAGAUCCUGAGCUUAUCGACGAGACACCUCUGCCAUCGAACCAGGCGCUUGACGUACUGGAAGAGAUGGAGCGAGAUGUUCAUAUUGAAGAAGAAGAGUAUCAAGCUGAUGCGCAUUCUCAGUUGACCUCAAAUUCUCUGGAUAAACCUUCCAAAAACUCUCAGUACAGACAUGCACCCUCUACAUCUAUAGGCGGGGACAUCCAAUGGGCUGAGGAUGUAGAAUCCGAAGCGCGAUAUGAAGAAGGCGUACCGUUGAUACCGCACACAGAAGCCAGCUCUAAACCUGCAGCUAGCAGUGAGAAUACGCACAUUCCUUCUUUUGACGACGACGAUGACAAUGAAGAUGACGACUUUUUCAAUCAAAUUAACCAUUCCGAAGCUGACGCUACUAAUAAAGGCGAGGAGGCAGAGCCAUUGCAACGGAAAUCAACUAUGCAGGUCCUGGCAUCUGCAAAUCAAGAACCUCCUUCUCGUCAGUCAACGCUGGACGAAACGCUCGAGUGGGAUGAAGAGGGGUUUGUUGCCCCGGAUGUCCAAGUGACAGAGGAGCCCGAAGCGCUUGAAGAGGCUGGCAAUGCAAAUGAAACGGAGGCUCCCUCAACUCAAGACCUCGCGUCAAAAUGGCAAGAAGCGUUUGCUGGUGAUGACGAUGAAGACGAUUUCCUUAUUGAAAACACACCAGCAGGAGAACCAGAAGUAGACGCAGCCGCGUUCCUGGGCAGUGACGACGAAGGAUUGCUGGAUGAUCUCGACGAAGCCCAGCCCCCAGCACAAGCCGUACCAUUGAGCUCGCAAACAAAUAGUGUGGCAUCAACACCCGCUUUUGCGCCGUCUUCAUAUCGACCUGCUCUACAGCGAUCUGCAUCUGCGUCUGCCUAUACUCCUGUCACACCACCAUUGCAGUCCCCGUUCUAUGGUGCUCCAACCCAAGGAGCGGCUCCUCAGCCUCCGCUACAAUAUGGCCAAGCCCCUCCACAGCAGGUAACGGAAUCGCCAAAAGCCCAAAGCUUUGCCGACAAAUCAAAGGGAGGAUACUCUUCACCUUAUGACCUACCCUCAGAUUUGGUUACCUCUACAGUGAAGCCAAGGAAACGAGCUAGUAUGCAGCAACUACAACUGGGCAAUUCAUCGCUUCAGCCACCUCCCCCUCCGCGAAGUGCCAGCAUGAGUGCCACCGAAUCCGGCCCUCCAAGUGGUGGUAUCCAAAAAUCGCCGCUCUUACGGCACAAAUCGGGGUUCUUCGAAGAUUUACCCACCGCACCGAAGCCACGUUCGAUGUCCAGGUCGAGCAACAGAGCAGCCUCUCCUAACCCGUAUGGCCUGGCCACCUCUCCCCAUGGACCGUCUCCUUUGAGCCCUCCCAUGGCAACCCAGAUUCCGCCUGCAGCUCCCAGCUCCGCCCUAAAGAUGAAUCUUGUGGCCCCUGAGCGAGUAAACCCAUACGCGCCUCUCCAAUCGCCAAAUGCUCCCCUGCCUUCACCAGCUGCCAACGCAUCCAGAUAUUCUCCAGCACCCCCUCCCCAAGGAGCUGGCAGCCAAAGUGCGCCGCCGCCCAUGAAUCGAUAUUCUCCUGCGCCACCCGCCCCCAAUCCAACUGCCACCUACAAUCCAGCAGCCGUUUCAGCAACGCCGCCUCAAGCUGUUUUGCCCCAUCUUCCGCGGACCUCCAGUCCGCUGGCACAUUUCGAGAUUAGCAGCGACAAGCCAUAUGGUGCUAAUGGAGAACCUGUCCACGCCGAGCGACGAGCUAGUUCCUCGUACGAACCGAGACUCACUCGCGUUGCUUCUCUUCCCCCUACCCGCGAGGUUGAAGAAGAGGACGACCUGGUUCCUAUUGCUCGUCAGUUGAGCAACACUCGCUCGCCACCACCUUUGCCCACUCCUUCCGCUCAGGCUACGUUGUCUCCCCCAAAGCGACCAGGCUCUGGCUACAUGCCUAACAAUCUUCCGUCGACUCAGCCCGGAUUUGUCCCACCCCCUCGUGCUCAUACGCAGUCUCCAGGAGCUAGUAGAGGUGGCCAGUAUGUCCCAAAGCCUGCAGAUGCUGCUCGGCGACCUGCUUCUUCACACUCGCCUGUGUCCCCCCCCGCCGUUAAGAUUGCCUAUACUUCCCAUGCCCAGCCUCGGCCGCCGUCCCUUAAUAUGAAUAUGAUUGCUCCUACGGACGGACGAGAGCACGAUCCCCUUCAGAGAUGGCAAGGUGUCCCCAUUUUCUCUUGGGGAGUGGGUGGUACCGUGGUAACUUCCUUCCCAAAGAGCAUCCCGAGAUAUGUCAUGAACCAAACAGCGCCGUCGAUGCUACGAGCUUCGGGAGAAGUCAAAGUGCAGAACAUCAAGGAUAUUGAGUCUCUACCGGAUCGCCUGGCCAAAUUUCCUGGUCCGCUUAAAGGCAAGUCGAAGAAGAAGGAAGUUCUCGCGUGGCUUACUUCUGGAAUCGACGGCUUGGAGAAAGAACUCCCAGAGGUAUCCUAUCACCCGCAGCUUUCUUACGAAGCUAAACGAACCAUUGAACGGCUACUGUUGUGGAAGAUACUUCGGAUAUUUAUCGAGCAUGACGGUGUACUGGAAAGCAACCCCGCGGCAGAGAAGGCUGUGCGAGAUGUACUUUCUCCAGGCACCGUAACCCCUACUGCCGAUAAUGACGCGUUGUUUCCUACGGAUCCGACCAUUAGCAUCAAUGGCGCUACAGCAACCUCGAUGCAGGCCGACGGGGCUGAUUCCGCUACCAUGGAGCAAAUCCGCCGGGAUCUUCUGAAGGGCAAUGGCGAAACCGCUGUCUGGGCAGCAGUUGACAAGCGCCUGUGGGGACACGCCAUGCUCAUUUCCCAUACAGUCUCACCUGACCUGUACAAACGUGUUGCGCAAGAGUUUGUUCGCAAGGAGGUCAAUCACCCUGGCCAGAGUAAUGAAUCCCUCGCCGCUCUCUACAAAAUUCUAUCCGGUAAUUAUGACGAUUGUGUCGAUGAAUUGGUCCCAGUCCAUGCACGUGCUGGCCUGCAGCUUGUCUCGACCGGAUCAUCCUCUGAGCCUACCAAGGACGCUACGGAAGGGCUGGAUAAGUGGAGAGAGACCUUGACGCUUGUUCUAAGCAACCGAAGCGCUGACGACAUCCGCGGCUUGAACGCCCUAGGCAAGCUCUUGUCUAGCUAUGGAAGGGCUGAAGCUGCCCACAUUUGCUUCAUGUUUAGCAGGCAGAUAUCCGUUUAUGGAGGUUUCGAUGAUCCGAACGUAGACUUUGUCCUAUUGGGGUCGGAUCACCGCCAAAAAUCACACCAGAUUGGGAGGGAUACGGAGGCUUUGCAGCUUAGCGAAGUGUACGAAUACGGACUUUCACUUUCGGGCACUCCUUCUGCCGCUGCUGGCGCCCCCCAUCUUGCGCCCUACAAACUCCAUCACGCUAUCGCGUUGGCUGAAUAUGGCUACCGAGAUAGGGCUCUGCAAUAUUGUGAUGCUAUUCUCUCAGCCAUGUCAGCACAGACGAAGAGGUCGCCUUAUCAUCACCCAAUCUUGGAGGCCGCCGUUGACGACUUCAUGAGGCGCUUGAAACAGGCGCCAAGGGAAGAAUCCUCCUCAUGGAUGUCCAAGCCUAGUAUGAACAAGGUAUCUGAUAGCAUGUGGAACAGAUUUAACAAGUUUGUUGCUGGAGAUGAGUCUGAGAACGCCAAUGGCGCCCCGGCGGAGGAGAGUGGUCCAUUUGCCCGCAUAGGAACGCCGUCCAUGAGCCGCUCCCCGUCGGUUUCCAACUUUGAUACCUUGGGUAUCAGCUCAACUGCUUAUCCGGGAGCUGGUGCUCCUGCUGCUACAUCGGCAUUGUCAUCGGCAUUAUCGCGGUAUGCCCCGGCAACUUCCCAGCCUACCUACGGUGUUGAAUCGACACAGCUACCUUCUUCCUUCUCUCAGCCUGCACUCAACUCAAACGAGUACCCUGCGAGCACAUACGGAGUCUCCCCCUCUCUCCCUAGCUCUCCACCUGGACGUGGCAAUGGGUUUGCGCCAUCCAGCCUUGGCUACCAGCCAAUGACUCCUGGUGUCAGUAAUGAGAGUAAGGCUCCUCUCGGUGGAUAUCAGCCAUACGGAUAUCAAGAGCCAGUCUCAUCACAGCAACCCCAUGAAGAGCCGGCUGCAGCUCCCUCUACCACAGCGUUCCAGCCAGUUUCCUAUGGAUAUGAACCCUCUCUCAAUAAUACCAGCGUAUCCGAAACUGGGGUCAACCAUGCGGACGUAACAGAGGGCGCGUCAAGUGGCUAUGAGCCUCCGACUUUCCAGCCUUACGGAUAUGAGCCACCGUCGUAUGAGCCUGAUCUUGGACCCUCUGCAGAGGAAAAUGAUGAUGAACCCAAGCCCAAGAAGAAGAGCUUUAUGGAUGAUGACGAUGAUGAUUUUGGUAUCUCGAAGCCUAAAGAAAAAUCUAAAGCAGAAAAGGAUCGUGAGAACGAAGAGAUGUUCCGCAAGGCUGCGGAAGAAGAUGCCAAACGCGCUGCUGCUGCGCAGCAAGCCAAGAAAGGCUGGGGCUUAUCAGGUUGGUUCAGAGGUGGCGGCAAGAAAGAGAUUGGAAGUCCUGGAGAAGCAUCAUCUCCCGGCAAGCCCAUCAAGGCUAAGCUUGGUGAAGCAAGCAGCUUUGUAUAUGAUCCCGAACUCAAGCGAUGGGUCAACAAAAAGCCCGGAGCUGAGCAAGUCGAAGCGAAAGCAGCCACCCCACCGCCACCUAAAGCGCUUGGCAGUCCCCGAUCCGCCAGCGGGACGCCUCCACAAACACCGCCUCCUCCGCAAGGCCGAUCUAGCCUUCCACCUUCAUCUUCUUUUGGUUCGUUAGCUCCGCCAGCAGUUCUCAAUAGAGCCCCAUCACAGGAGAGCCUGGGUGGCGCGCCGCCCAUGUUACGAUCCAUGUCUAGCGCUAGUACCGAUAGCAAACCAUCAAGCAGACCUACUACUAGCAUGAGCAAUGCCAGCAGUAUCGAUGACUUGUUGAGUGCAUCUGGACCCCGUAAACCAGGACAGAAAAAGGCAAGGAAAGGUGGCCGUUAUGUCGAUGUUAUGGCCAAAUAA